AUGGACUGCCAGUCAGGCUCGCAUUCGAUCAUGCGCAAAGGAAAUAAAAUACCACAGCUCAGUUGCGAGCUAUGUCGCGAACGCAAGGUCAAAUGCGAUAAACUCAGUCCGUGUACCAAUUGUACGAAAACCGGGGUGUCGUGUAUUCCUGUUUACCGCAAGAGGAGGCCGAGAGGGCGUCACGUUCAGAAGGUGUCGAGAAAUGAUGACUUGCGAGAUCGCCUCGAUAGAUUGGAGGCUUUUGUGAUGAGCCGGGAAUCCCUCGGAGCAUCCUCAACCCCAGUCAUCACUCCAUCAAUUGAUCAGGAUGUGAAUAUGACAUCAACACCAUCUCCCCCUGGCGAAGGAAGCUCAAAUGGCAGCGGGUUUCCCAAGUUGACCGCACCACAAACUUUAAGCUCUGAGGACUCAGAAGAUGAGGAUCAGGACGACUAUGGCGUUGGUAGUGCAGCUAUUGGCAUUACAGCGAGGGAUGCCGAGUCUGAACAAAGCCCUAAGACUCCAAUUUUGGAUCUGCCGCUGUCCCAAGAUGUUCAAAGUCUUCUUUGUGGAAUCUAUUUACGACAUGUGGAUCCGAUUCUUAAGAUCCUUCAUCGACCGUCCUUAUGCAGGUUUAUGCGUAAUGGAGAACGAUAUCUGGAUUAUACGGAACGUCACCCUUCUUCCGAAGCUCUCAGAUCAGCCGUUUGCUACGUGGCGAUCAUUAGCAUGACUGAGGAGCAAUGCAUCUCUUUGCUUAAAGCGGAGAAGAAUAUCCUCGCCGAUGAAUAUCGGAAGGCCUGCGAGGCGGCGCUUGAACGAGCAGGCUUAAUCAUUACCAAGGAUAUCACUGUUCUCCAGUCUUUUGUGUUGUACUUGGCCGGUUUUCGCCGGCAGGGCCAUAGUCGUGCAGCAUGGACACUCCUUCCUGUUGCCUUCCGAAUAGCACGCGCCCUGCGCCUCCAGAUGGACGACCAUCGACCAUCUGAAUCCUUUUUCGAACAGCAGAUGCGGAAACGAUUGUGGUACACGCUAUGUCAGGUAGAUGCCCAGACCUCGUUUGAACAGGCCUCGGAGCCUCUCGUCAGCCUGAACUCUCCCCGACCUUCCUUGCCCCGAAACAUCAACGACGCAGAAUUUGGACCAGAGUCCACGAUGAUAGAACUUCCUGAUAGGAAUGAUCUCACAGACAUGACACAUGCUUUGGUGCGAUACCAUGCUCAGUUUUAUGGCCGUCUAUUGAACUUUGAGAGCACUCCCGACAUAGUGGAACACACAGAGGGUUCAGGCAAUGUUGGUGAAUUCAAUUGGGAGGCUCGCCAGCGGUACGCGAAUGCUUUUGAGCAAGAAACAAUGGCUUUACUUCAGAAUUGUGACCCCAACACCAGUUGCUAUGCUUGGUCGGCUUGGCACGGCUCGCGAUGCACUAUCGCAUUAAUGAAACUUGCUGCUCUACGUCCAUUGCAUCGGGGCGGCAGCGGAGCCCCUCCACGGGUGCAAGGGAGCUCUCAUUGUCUGCAACUAGCUGCUGUGGUCUUAGAAAAGUUAGCGAUUAUACGAACAGACCCUCGAGGUGAGGCGUUUAGAUGGCAUGUGACCAUAGGAUGGCCUGUCCUUGCUAUUGCGAUUGCAGAAAGCUACGUCUGUAAAGACAUUAUACUGCUGAGGCGCGCUUGGCCUUUGAUUGAGGCAUCAUUUGAGCAUUACAGGGAGACCAUUUUAACAUCCAGGGAAGGAAGGAUCUGGCGACCACUGAAGAGACUCAUGUCGCGGACACGGGAGAAGGUGAAACAGGUUCUGGGAGAGGGCUCUGAACAAGAAGGUGCCGGGCAGAUACAAAACCCUAUCGGUCGUGAUCAGACUCGCCCGGAAACAGCCUGUACGAUGGAAAUGGGAAGCGCAUCCUCGUCGACUAGAUCGGAUCUUCCACCUAUAUCCACUGACUUUGAUGAUCCUUGGAUGGAACCUCAGAUCGAUAUGGAUCCUGGCACAGCACGCUUCACCUCGGCCAUGCCUUCUCUUCAUACAACAGACGCCAUUCCAAUGCAGUCAUUUAUGACGGGAGAUUCGUUCAUUCCAACUGGAAACGCGCUUGCUGGCGGCUAUGAUCAUGAUAUCGCUUACGAGCCAAAUUACAACGAUAGCGUGGCCACGGAGAUUCCUCAGCAAACCUUGACUGAUCCCGCAUGGACGCCCUGGGAAGAUUUUGUUCAUGAUCUUUUAUUUUCUAACGAUGCUGAGAGGGGUGUGUAUAAUGAGAUGGGACAGUAA